AUGGUUCUCUUUAAGAGGAAGCCAGUACAAUAUGUACCUAAGCCGCAUGUCGAAAAUGAAGACACAGAGGUCUGGGUAAUUCCUGCUACUGGAGAGUAUUUCUUGGAGUAUGAACAAUACUUAGGCCGAAUGGAUUUCUAUAGACAGUUAACAUUCUUCGAUGCACUUAAGAGUGAGUUGGCAGGCGCACAAGAAGUCGAAGAGGCAUUCCCGAAUCCAUUGAAACAACCAAUUCUAAGACGUGUACAAUUCUCAACUAUUUCACGAAUCGACACCUUGGUGGACAUUAUUUUCGAAGAGUUCAGAUCCGACUAUUUCCCUGGCGAGGUUGUUACAGUUCAUGUGAUUACAGGCGAUCGACUCACUGGUACCGUAAGAGAAAAGACGCACUUCGGAAGCAAAGUUCUGCCAGAUGGCUCACUAAGCGCACCUUUCUCGAGAUAUUUCGUUAGUCUGGAUGGUCGACCAAAUGAAGAGGCAGUGGUGGACGACCAGCAUAUUACUCGUGAUCGCAAGAUAUUCACAAAGCAAGUUCUGCGGUCAUUUAUCAAGAAAACCGUUACAAGAGAGGCAUGGACCGGCGCGCCUUGGCUGGUGAAGCACGACGUGGCUGCCAUUUAUAAUAUCGAUACCAGGAUUCCUCCACAUCUUCGAUAUGAGAGUAAAGCUGCAGAGAGAAAGCAACAUCAAUCUCAGAAAAAAUCGGGAGGGACUGAUUUUGACAAUAUGAUUGGUAGCUUUCAUGGAGGAAAUGGACCACAAGCUAGACUCCCGGAGUUGAAGCCAGCACCCAAAAGCCAUAAAAGCAAGCAGCAACAAUCCCAACUAGCAAAGGGUAAGCAGCAGCCAUUUUUAGAGCAAGCUCCUUUGAAUUUCAUCCCUGCACAUUUCCCUCCCCAUCAAUUCUACCCCCAACCCCACCCCAACUACAAUCCACCACAAAUUCCAUUCAAUUCUCACCCUCCUCCUCCUCAUCCUUCUCAUCCCCACCCCAAUUACAAUCCCCCUCCUCAAAUUCCAUUCAAUCCUCAUCCUCAAGCUCCUCCCUUCAUGUCUCACACCUUUCAAGUCAAUGGACAAUCUCAACAAGCGGGGCCCCACUUCCAGAAUUUUCACAAUUCUAGCUUUGCGCUUGCGCCUCUUGCAUCGCUUCCUCCGGCUCCUCUUCCACCACCUCCCAUCAAAUACCCAAUCGAGGAUUUGGAAGUUCCUCCCCGAGUUGAUGGACCGAAACGACCCGACAUCAAAUACUUUUCGCAAGAUAAUCCAAUGAUGAUCGGAAAGUCAAAGGCGGAGGGUAAUGGCAUUCAUAUGUCAUCUAUUGGCCAGUUACUGGAGACCUGGGACACCUUGAAUGUUUACUGUCAAAUCUUCAAAUUGGACUCGUUCACUUUUGACGACUUCGUCGAAGCCUUGCAAUUUACAUCUGAAGAUGUAGACUGCGAAUUGUUCGUCGAAAUUCAUUGCGCUGUUUUGAAGAUCUUGGUUAAUUCGGAAGCCGAUGAUGGAAAGCUGCAAAUUCAGUUACCGGAAAUAGAGGAGUCAGAUGACGAAGAAGAAUCUAAUGGUGAGGCCAGCGUUGCACCAUCACCUACACCAGAACCAGAGCCAAAACCCAGAGGACGUGCUACUAGAAGUAGUCUCGCAAAAGCCGAGGCAGAAGCUUUACAAAAAGCCGCCGAACAACCUCCCGAAGAGCCCACUGGACCAGUCAACACUCAUCGCGCAGCCGAGAUGGAAGAUAGUCUUGAAUGGAUCGAGAAGCUAAGAAAACGUGAUUUCAAGAAUGGUGGCUGGGAAGCUAUCAUGGUCGGCCUCCUGUAUCAACUUUCGAAAGAUGAGAGGCAUUUCGCCGCUUGUGAAGCACUUCUUGUUGAGCUCGCCCCGCUCGAUUCGGAGCCAACACAGGAAACUGCUCGCCUACAGUACGCCAAACUCGACGUCAAUCUUCGUAUCAAGGCACUCCAGAUUAUUUGCAUGCUUACUAUGGAGACUAAAGCCAUUCGUGGUUACAUGGAAGAAAGUAGUGAACACAUGACGGAGCUCCGGAAAGAAAAGAUAAAGUAUCAGCGUGAUAAGAAGGAUGCUCAUGAUGCUCUCAAGAAGCUCAACGAAACGCGCAAAGCACUUGAACCACCACCUGAGCCAAGUCCUGCACCGGCUGCAGAGAAGCCUGUAGAGAAAGAAACUUCAGUCAGCGUUAACGGAGAUGUAACCAUGGUCGACGCCGAGGAUGAGGUUCAGGACUCUCAUGGAGAUGAAAUUAUGGACUCGGAUGGAGAGGCUCCUCCAACUCGAUCAUUACGCCGUGGAUUAGACCGAGCAGCAGAGCGAAAGCGUAAGCGUGAGGCUGAACAGGAGAAGAAGGCAAAAGCAGAAGCUGAACCUAAGGCUCCUAAACAAUCCAAGGCACUCACAAAAGUGCUCAAAGACAUCCAGAAAUUGCAUGAUGAGAUCAAACAUUGUGAGGAAGAAAUUGCUAUUCUUGAUAAUGACCUCCGAGAAGCUGAUUGCCCUCGUACUCGUGUACUUGGCAAGGAUCGAUUCUGGAAUCGCUAUUAUUGGUUUGAGCGCAAUGGUAUGCCAUAUAGUGGUCUUCCUACCAGCUCCACUGCUGAUGCUGGAUAUGCCAACGGCUGUAUCUGGAUUCAAGGACCAGAUGAUCUUGAGCGCGAAGGUUAUAUUGAAAUGAGACCUGAGUGGCAAGAUGAGUAUCGAUACAAAUUCAACCUGACUGUACCGGAAAGAAAGGUUAUGGAGGAAGGAAAUACUCACGUAUUCAAUUCUCGUGAGUGGGGAUACUAUGACGACCCUGAGUCAGUCGAGGGCUUACUCAAUUGGCUUGAUGCCCGUGGAAAUAAUGAGUUGAAACUUCGAAAAGAACUCCAACUUUACAAGGACAAGAUCACCACCCACAUGGAAAAGCGCAAGGAAUAUCUCAACCCUAGCGAUGAAAAGAGUAUCGAUUCUACUAGUCACAAGCGAAUGUCGACUCGUGGAAAACAACAACCUCAUGUCGAUCAUACAGCUCAUCGAUGCUUAUCCUGGCACAACAAUACCGCAAUUGAAGAACUAGGUCAUUUACAUUCGGAUCAACCACGAAAUCGUAAGCAAACUAAGAAAGCGGCUCCUAUUUUACCACCGGCAGUUGAGGAAGAGAGACAAACUAGGAGUGAAGCGGCAAAGAGACAGAGAAAGCGUUAA